AUGUCGGUGCUAGCAAAGACCCAACUGCUUGACGCUGUCCCAACAAUCAAAACUGCACAAGAGUUCGACAAUAUUACUGCAACAAAAGACACCGAAUUCUCGGGAAAUCAAUGCGACUUCACGCGCUGGCGGCCUACUUUCCACCUUCUCGCUCCUCAUGGCUGGCUGAACGAUCCUUGCGGUCCAGGCUAUGACCCCUCAACAGGGAAAUACCAUCUUUCUUUCCAGUGGAAUCCAAACGGUAACGACUGGGGAAAUAUUGCUUGGGGACAUUCAGCAUCAUUCGACUUGAUUUCUUGGGAAACCUCCUUAGAACCAUGUCUCAGCCCAUCGACCUGGUACGACUGUCAAGGGAUAUUCACCGGAUGUUUCCAACCGAGCAACACGAACGGGAAACAGGAUGGAACCUUAACGUAUGUUUAUACAUCGGUUAACCAUAUCCCCAUUCACUUCACGCUGCCUUAUGUGAAUGGAUGCGAAUCACUCAGUAUCGCCGUGUCUGACGACGGAGGCGCCACGUGGGAACGAAAAUCCUGCAAUCCUAUUCUUCCCGGACCUAUGCAGGGACAGAAAGUCACUGGGUGGAGGGAUCCGUUUCUUGUUUCUUCAUGGGCAUCUGCGCCGGAGAGUCUUCGACGGACACAUCCUGGAGACGACGUCCUUUACGGGCUCAUAUCAGGUGGUCUACAAGACCAUACUCCCACCGUCUUCGUCUACGCUGUGAAAAGGGACGACUUAACCGAUUGGAGAUACGUUGGCAUGCUGUCAGAUACCGGUCUGAAUUUCCGGCCAUCUCGAUGGUCCGGAGACUUUGGCGUGAAUUGGGAAGUUACAAAUUUGGUAACUCUGACAGACGAUGAGAACGUGUCUAGAGAUUUUGUAAUAAUGGGAACAGAGGGAUGUCUACCACGACAUGAUAUUUCUUCACAAGACAAUGAUCCGAUUGCGCGCGACAGCAGGAUACAAAGGUCGCAGCUAUGGAUGUGUAUCAAAAGCAACGAAUCUACUUCUGCUUCCUCCUCAGCAUUGAUGCAAUACUCCUUUGCAGGGAUAUUCGACAACGGACUAUACUAUGCAGCAAACUCAUUCUGGGACCCUGUAUCACAACAACAAGUCGUGUUUGGCUGGAUAACGGAAGAGGAUUUACCUGAUAAUCUUCGCCAUCGACAGGGUUGGAGUGGAUCAAUAUCGUUACCGCGGGUUCUUAAGUUGAAGACGAUGCACGGGGUUAAGAGAGCGCGAUCAACGGCUGAUUUAAGGGAUAUUACUUCCAUUGAAGUCACACCUGAUGGCCAUGGGACAUAUACGGUUCGCACACUGGGGUUCUCUCCUGACGAACGCCUGGAGAAACUUCGGGACAAGGCAACGAAGAGAACUAUCUCUGAUAGAAGACUAGGAUCGUUGGGCGAUUCAAGUCAUUGUCUGGAUUCCGUUGCUCUGCAUACGUUGCAAUGGGAGGUAGAUGCCGAGAUUAAAGUUGGUAAUAACUGUCGUCGAGUAGGGUUUGCCAUUGGUGAUGACCCAGGUAAUAAACCAGGACAUGCAGGUAAAACAGUCCUCUUCUGGGAACCAGCCAGUGAGACCUUCAUCGUCGAGCGACCCAGUCUGCAAAUGAACGACACCCAAAUCGAUCAAGGGCGAGAAGUCAGUCCUCACACUUUGUUUUCAUACACAACUAAUUCCCAAGGAAAUCAUCACGCCGCCACAGAAUCGGCCGAGGUAGAAGAAACACUUCAUAUCCAAGCCGUAUUCGACGUCAGCGUUCUUGAGAUAUUUGUCAAUGAGCGUACAGCAAUAUCGACCAGGGUAUAUCAUUCGAAAAAUCCAUUAGAAGAACAUCCGAACAGCACUGGCCGUUUUGGAAUAUAUUUCUUUGCAGACAGACUGGAGAAUGACGGAGAUCCGGGAAUGAAAUGUUAUGCUCCUGCUAGGCUUGUUCGUGCUACUGUUUGGGAUGGGCUGUCAGUGCAUUAG